AUGCCUCCUCAGACCAAACCUCGCAGGUUCUUGCCUCAGCCGGUGGAGGAGACGUUCAGAAGUUCUAGGAAGAGGAAUAUCGUUGACAGUGUCGAGGACUCGACAACGGCCAGAGGGUUUGAAGGGGUGCCCGCACAUGACUACAACAUCAGCGCCGUCCCAUCACCGAACGAUAUUUCCUCCGUUCCCGGCGAGCACGCAAGCGGUGCUUCUGCGGGACCUAGACGGUUUCCGCCUGAACCUAUAGAAUCGAGUUCUCAGUCCUCGAGACGGAAAUUCAGCCCGGACCCUGUCGAAACAAGCAGCAGAAGUAACAAGGACAGAGACAAUCCCCAAGAAGAGGAGACGCCCAAACCCCGGAGGAGAUUUGCACCAGAACCGGUUGAGACGACGACAAGGAGUUCCAAGGAAAAGAAAUCCAAGGACGGAGCAGAGACGACAUCGAGUCGUCCUCGCCGGAAGUUUGUCCCGGAGCCUAUAGAGACCAGCACGACCACGAGAGGAAGACGGCAACCAGAUGCAAAAGGGUCGGACGAAUACCCUCAAACAACCGGUAACUCCUCUUCUUCUAGUAGAGCUUCGUCCGGAGCCCGCAAAUUCUCUCCAGAAUUAUUGGAGACCGCCAAAGGCUCCUAUCGCCGUGUUCACCUCCCCACCGCUGAAACUAGACCAUCACCUGCACCUGGUCGACGAGAGCCGUUUCCUCUGUGCGAAGAGGAAGAACAGACAGAAGACGUCCCAGGACUUGAAGACUCGCGCUUCUCUGCGGCGGCACUGGCUCGAAAGAAUCCUGAAAUAUCACGCCAACAUUCAUUUGCUGUCCCUGAUUUGCCCAUAAUUGAGUCGACCACAGAAGAUGAAGGCUCCGAAGCACCCUCGCUAAGCGACUCCCCUUCAUCUGUGGAAUCAUUUGCGAAGAGAGCACCACCUAGUGCAAAGGAUAGCUAUACUGAAUAUGUCCUUCGUUUGGCGGCAGAGACGGUGAGCGAGAAGGAACUGGAGGAACAGGCAAUGGCCGCCUACAUCAAUGAACGGCCGCAUGAGCCCGUGGAUCACUUUGCCAUCUCUCGUGAAGAUGAAGAAGAUGGUCCUUUACCAGUUCCAAUGUUUCAGGGUGAAAAGGGGGCCGAUGCGCGCACGUUCCGACGGUCGUCGGCGGCCGAGCUAAAUCUAGAGUUGGAAAAUAUGCGAAAACAUCACGAACAGCUAGAAGCGGCCAAACGAGAGCUGAAAGCUGACACCGCUGGUCAAAGCCGGUUCAGUGCUACAGCACUGGCGACCCGACAUGCAUUGGAGGCAAAAGGCUUGAAGAAGACGAAAAAGCCCCGGGCAGAGGAAGAGGACUCCGAACUGGCACGUAUGAGGGCUGCUGCGUCGCCCCCGAUGCUGGGCGACGACCUUAUCUUCCCGUUCACCAUCUCACCAAAAAUGACGCGCUGCGAUCCUGAUCAACCCCCAAGACCACGAACUGCGGACAGCGAUGAUGAUUCAACGGUACCCAGUAGCCCUGAACUUUGGAGACCACACAAAAAGCGUGAGAACAAUGCCGGCGACGGGCUAUGGAUGGGCAUGUGUCAAGCUGGGCUGUGGCAACCUCAGAGCCCGCAGAACGGCUUGCGUAGUGGCAUUCAGACACCGUCUCCCGUAACUCCAGCGGGGGAAAGAAAUAACCCAUUCGAAGCCAGCACACCUGGUCGGGGACAUCAGACUCCUGCUCGCCGGCGGCAGCACUUCUCGGGUCUUGGCUUUCUUCCUCUGACUCCUCCACGGAGUCACGAUGGCGAUGAUCCGUUUACUAGUACUAUCGACAAGAAGCUACGGAUCGAAAAACAAAUCGAGGAUGAAUUCCCCAACCGUGUGAUCACCCAAAUUUAUAACUACCUGAGCCUGGGAUACCCUAGUCUCGCACAUAUGUUUGACGAGGAACUCAGCAAGAUCUCUCGCAUCCCUAUUGAGGAGCUCCGCAAAGAUGAUAACAACGUUGAUGCCAAGGGGUACGUGGGUGCACCAGAGGGCGAUGGCUGGGAUGAGUCUGAAGUCAUCGGCAAAUGCAAACGAUGGGAAGCGCUGAGGUUAUAUGUGAGAGAAUGGGCCCGACAGAGCCCGAAUUUCGCGGAUGAACGAAGGCGCGCAUGUUUGGGCGCGGACGAGGAUUGGGGCGCGAGGGCAAGGAAGGGAAGCUGGGCUCAAUAG